UUCAUUCGCUCCCCGCCCUGCCUUUUGUUUCGCCCCGCCUCCGCGCUUUGCCCCCCUUCCGAUCAUGGCCACCCCUGCGUUCCCCUCCUUCUGGUGGUCCGCCUCUCUGGUGGUCGAGCUUGGCUGCAGCGUGGCCGCAUAUGCCCUGAUCGCGCCGGCCCUGUACACGCAGUCGCGUUUCCAGACGGCCUCCGGGCCGCACCACCCUUCCACGGACCCCUUCGCUCCGGUGGGCAGCCUGCGCCAUGUGCUGGACACACAUCUGAGCGACUCGCACCGGGCCGGCCUGGUGGCCGUGGCCUGGCCGCUGUUGACCCUGCUCCUGGCCACGACCGUGCUGCAAUUGACGCCGGUGGUGCUGGCCUUCGGCCGGGCCUUCACCGUGCGCGUGCUGCCGACCCUGCUCGGGAAGGACGCCUCGCAUCACAAUCGCCGGGCCACCCGUCAACAGGUGGCCAAGCCCGCCUCGCCGGCCAUCGACAAGGGCAUCACCAGCCACGCCUCCCUGUCGGCCAUGUCUCUCGGGCUGGCCGUGAUCAAGAUGCUCCUCGGCCUGCUGGCCAUCAUUCUCAUCGACAAGGCCCUGGGCCAAUUGUCGCUGGCCCACCGGCCGGCCAUCUUCCAAGCCUUCAACAGCGCCCUCUUCACCGUGCCGGUCCCGGACGACAUCAUGUCCGAGGCCAAUGCCCUGGAGAAUAUGAUGCAGCGGCUGUCGACAUCCAUUUACAUCAUCGGGGGCGGGGUCAUCGCGGCUGGCGGUUUCUUCCAGGCCCUCUUCUCGGUCUUCCACCUGGGCCGGGCCUCUGCUGCCCCGCGGUGAGGAGGGAUCCAAUGCGCAUGUCCGCGAUGCGCGCGCCGCGACCCGCUCUUCCCUCCAUCCCCCCCUCUUCACACAAGAUCGCCCGCCAGCGCGGUGCGGCCUUUCGUGGCCCUCGCGCUGUGUCGGCCCAGGAGGGCGGGCUGGUCCCCCCUCCUUGUGCUUUGUCCUUCCUUUUUGCACGUUCUCCUUCGGCGCCACUUGCCUCUCUCUCUCUCUCUUGCCCCUCCCCCUCUGGGACGUGCUCCUUUCCUGCUUGGUGGCCGACCUCGGCAGAGCCUGCGCUUUUAGUUUUCCCAAGCGCAUGCUUCCCCCUUCGUCCGGCCCCUUUGUGUGCAUGCCUGACUGGCAGCCGGGCAGCCGGGCGCUGAGUGUGGCCGGGGUUCAUCUUUCUCCCUUUUUUUUUCAUCCCCGGCGCAUGCCACUGCCCCUCUGUCUCUCAAUACACACUGUCCUUUUCCC